AUGUACGGCAGCGGCGACACGUUCUCGCAGGAGGCCUACGACAUGGUGUCCAUCGGGCCGUACGCCCCCAGGAACCAGUCCUUCUGGGAGGUAACCCGAGCCAUGAUGCCGGUGCUGAGCGCCUCGUCGUUCCAGUCCAUCAUCGGCGUCGGUCCGCCGGAGACGGUCGCCAACGACGCCGCGGAGAAAUUGAGGCUCGCAGUGCAGAACGUGUCCAGGUACAUCGACGAGGGGAAGCCUGUGCCUGACAGCUUGAUGAAGACUAUGUCAGACAGGAGAUCGGUCUGGCGGGCGCUGCGGAACAAGAAGACCAUGCUGGAGACCUUCGAGACGGAGCGGUUCUCGCUGUGCAUCGGCAGGCGGCCGGACUCGCCCGCCUACCUGAUCUGGAGCGACACCGCACCGCUGGUCAAGCCAGAGUACUUCGUGCGCGUGCCCGUCAUCGGCAACCACACCUGGAGCGCCAGGAUGGACAAGCCUGUUCUUGUGUACCACCCGGACGUCCCAGCUGCGGACAAGCGGUUUGAAGGCCUGACCCUCGGCUGCGAGGACGGGUGCGGGGCGCUCCUGGACAGCGGC